AUGGCUUUUAUAGAGCCCCCAUCUGGCAUGCCAGAACGUUUCCACAGAGCUACCCACCGACUACGAAUCGCCAUGAGAAUGAAGUCCUGGCCUACAUCUCGUUCCCGUUCGCGAAAGGGACAGAAAGAGGAUGGUGCAGGUCGAUGCCAUCUUAUGGAACUGCCCACCGAGCUGCUAUUGGAAAUUAAUUCCCACCUCACGCUUAUCCCGGAAGCCGCCUUUGCGCUGACCUGCAAGCGCAUGUUUGCUAUAUCUGGAGAGAUUCUCGCUUCCAAAUCAUUGCGCUUUACUCGGGAUUUUGCGCCGCUUUUCCAUCACUAUCGAAAUGGACAUAACUUCGUCACGCCGCGCUGGCAGUUUAUCACCCUGUUAGAAAAUACCCGUUGGCGCGCAUGCUCCAAAUGCCUGAAACUACACCCUCGGGCUGCAUUCUCUCCCCGCGACUUGAGACGCAAGGCUGAUCUUCGAACUUGCAACCUUGGCGAGCUCGCCGGGGUCGUCGAUCUAUGCCCGUGCAAGAAGUUGACUUACCGGGAUAAGAUGGACCUUGUAGAUCAGCUGCGAGUACGGAAGAUCACCCUGAAUGCUCUGAAAUCCGAAUUCGGAGACAAGGUCGGAGACAGAUACUGCUGGCACUCAUGUGUCGAGAAGUACGGAUCAACUGAACUGAAAAUCUCAUUGCUCCCUGAGCUCGACGACGAUGACCAGCUGGUCAUCCGUACAGAAUACCAACUUACCACCGAAUCAGGCCAGGUGGGCAAGGAAGAAUUCAUGACACCGCGAUUCGGAUGCGCGCAUCGAUCUGUCGACUUGUGGCUGUCGAGCGUCUACCAAACCACCAUAUGCCGACUAUUCGAUUCAUUCUGCUCGUCUUGCAAGCGCAUCUCCGUCUGCGCUGCGUGUAAUACAACAUUGAAGUGCCCUCGCAAACAACCAUUCAACUCCGAAGAGUUGGGCAGAGCGACUUAUCAUUUUCACACUCAGCGAUAUCUUGGAGGAUCGGAUCCAGUUCCGGAUGCGACUUGGGGAAAACAGAGAAUUCACCCUGCUGAACCGUCGAUUGGUGUGGAGAACUGCAAUGAGCUCUGUCCCUGGACGGUGCGGGAACAUCCUCCUCUUACUUUUGCGCCUAGUCUUGGCGAGGAGAUAAUUCAGCCUGCUAUGAAUGAGCAACCCAUCAAUUCGUUGUACUCGUCUAUUCGCAUGAUGUAA